CGUCGCAUCGCGGAACUGCUCGAGCUGAACGUGUUAAAUGGCUGUGCGUCGGCCAUGAUGGCUUUGAGCAGGGACCGUGUCACGCAAACAUGUUUUCAAAGUGAUAUAUCUCGUUUGGUGACUGAGUGACCGUGUUCCAGCGCGAUGGCCGGAGAACGAUGAGGCCCUGAGCGCUCUCUGUGCCGGGUAUUACGGCCGCAGGGCCCCCAGCCAGGCCCAGCCAGGUUCACGUUCCCCAAGCCCGAGGCCCGAGCCGAUCCGACUGGCCUCACGGUUCGACACCAGCCACCUCGGUUGUCAACACGCGAGCCAGCCGCCUCAGGAUGAGCAAGCUGUCGUUCAGGGCCCGCGCCCUGGACGCUUCGAAGCCCAUGCCGAUUUACAUGGCCGAGGAACUGCCGGAUCUGCCAGAUUACUCGGCCAUUAAUCGCGCCGUGCCCCAAAUGCCUAGCGGCAUGGAAAAGGAGGAGGAAUGUGAACAUCACUUGCAAAGAGCAAUAUGUACGGGUCUAAUCAUUCCUACCCCUGAAGUAAGUGACUUGGCGGAUGUGGAAGCUUACGACAAGAUAUAUCCAGCUGAUUACAAGCUUCCUCGACAACUUAUACACAUGCAACCAUUUGCAAUGGAACAAGAUAUACCAGACUACGAUAUGGAUUCGGAAGACGAAAAAUGGGUUGCAGUACAGAGUCGUAAAAUGGACUUGACUCCUCUUCAGUUCGAAGAAAUGAUGGAUCGGUUGGAGAAAAGUUCAGGACAGACCGUGGUUACUCUGAACGAAGCUAAAGCGCUUCUGAAAGAGGAUGACGAUUUAAUUAUCGCUGUUUUCGAUUACUGGCUAAAUAAGCGUCUUAAAACUCAACAUCCUCUUUUAUUAACGGUAAAAACGGAACAUCGGUUUGGUUCAGCUGCCAAUAAUCCUUAUUUAGCGUUUAGACGUCGAACGGAGAAAAUGCAGACACGGAAAAAUCGCAAGAACGACGAAACUAGUUAUGAAAAAAUGCUGAAGCUCCGUAGGGAUCUUAGUCGGGCGGUCACUCUGCUCGAAAUGGUUAAAAGAAGGGAGAAAACCAAACGAGAACAUUUACAUCUUACCAUCGAAGUAUACGAGAAGAGAUACCAAGCACAAGAUUUCAACGGGCAAAUCCUGGCGGAGGUGUCGGCGUUGAGGACACCGAGACCUGCCUUUGCGCCGCUGUUCACAAAUCAAUUCGGUGUUCAUCAAAAUUGGGCAAACAAAGUCUGUAGUAAAGAUGAAGUAGUACCCAGGAAAGAAAAAAGACAAUACAAAAAACGGAAACAUAAAACCGAUGGUAGGGGUGGCGGUUUGGAGGACAAUGGUGUACGGGGUGGAACAGGUAGCGGUGGUGGUCGAGGGACUCGGCCUGGUGUUCUCGGUAGCGGGCUGGACCCGCUGAUGAGCUCAGACGAAGAUAGUCCGCUUCCAUCUCAUUCGCACUCGCAGCCCUCGGUUCCUUCGGACCGCGACGACGAAGAUACCGCCGACGAGGGUCAAUUCGCUUUCCGGCGGAACAGAAAUAGCACUUAUUUACCACCUGUAUCAGGUGGAUUUGGAAAUUGGCCUUGGUGUGAUAAAAACGAGGGUGGCUUGGCCGAUAAGAAGUUUAGGUUCGCGCUGACCAGUAUCAACAAACCAGUACCGAGAUGUAUUGGAUUUGCGCGGCGGCGAAUUGGUCGGGGUGGCAGAGUAAUAUUAGAUCGGUGUUCAACCGAUAUGGAUGAUAUGUGGUCCUCGUUAGACUUCACGAUACACCAACCGAAACGAGAGCCAGCGGAUUCUGAUACGACUGCCACAUCAACGACUCCAGUCAAAAAAGAGUGGUUACACUUCCGACCAAAGACUCCACCUGCAACUCCGUCAGUGCACAGUCCAAGUGAAGAAAGUAGCGAUACGGACUCGGAGAUCGAGCCAGCGUUGACUCAAUCGAAGCCACUUCCGUAUCCGUUCCCACCCGAGGCGACGUCGAUCUGCGUGGAGAUCGAGGCGGACCGCGCAGGCGACGAGCCACCGUUCACGUCGGAAUUCAACAUCGCCGAUUACUUCGCGGCGGACGCUCUGUCGGACUUCGACCUAGCCGUGGCGAAUAUCACCGGUGGUGGUUCGUGCAUCAGUGGACUAUUGGACAAUAACUGUAGCGAUACGCGGACAGGCGAGCUGGGCAGUUCGCAUUUCGUCGUAACACCGUUGCCCGGCAGUCAAUUCGCGCAACCGCAGGCUCCUCGGCCUCAGUGCAGUGCUAGUGGUUCCAGUGUUGUAAAUACUUCGACGACGACGAGUUCCUCAACGGCGCCGUCGCCUUUCUCGUGUACGACAAGCCAGCCAACCACGUCGAGUACGGUUUCCACGCAGUGCACGACGAGCACCGCCGCCGAAACACAGUCGUUCCAAUCGAAACAGCAACACAGACAAUUACCAAACAAUAGCAGUCCUGUCUCCAUUCUCUCUAAGUCCUUGACUAGUCCAACGAAUAAUAGGAAUGGCGGCGGAAGCUGCGGCGGCGGUAGUGCCGGUUCGGUUCGAGUGUUUAGUGCGAGUACUACGAGCAGUGGGACGAUCACAAACUUCGGUAACGGUCACCAGAACGGGCCGUUGCCGCAUAUAAACAACUCUAACAAUCUUUCGAAUAGCGCCCACGUCGUGAAUAAUCAAUCAACGAUAGUUCUGCCGCAAAAACACCCGCCGUCCAAUCUGCUACCGGGCUUGAUCGCGCAGAGCAAAUUGGCGAGCCUCGCGAGGCAGCAACAGCAGACGCAAAGUCAGGCGCAACAAAUCCCAACGUCCGGGGAAAUUACGCUUAAUAGUAAUAGUGAGAAUUUGGAUAUGGAGGUGGAUGGAGUGGAAAAUGCGGCUUGCGACAGUAAGCCGCAGCAGCAGCAACUCGUACGGGCAAACAAAACAAAUUCGUUGGCAAUGGAAGUGACAUGAUGCCUGCUAUCGGCACCCCUGUUGCCGCCAAUACGUCACUGGGGGCUUCGCUAAACUUUUUACCUUGCCUAUGUCUGUCCGACUUCCGCGGGAAGUGGAUGCGUAAAUUAACGUGCUCGUUAAAAUGCGGAAAGAGAGAGCGGUACGGCCAGAUUCGAUUGCAGAAAUACUCUGAUCAGUUGCCUGGUAGUUUGACGAUCGCGAUACAAAACGGGAUCGAGUGUUCCCUGUUAUUUUGAUCGCAGAAAAAAAGAGAAAGAUGAUUGUACUGCGAUUCAUUUUUCUAUAUCGUUCGUUUCCUUGCUCAUUGAACCAGCCACCAGUGUUUCAUUAAACCUUUACUGAAGUAGUAGUUCAUUUCUUCUUGGUACAUUAAAUUUAUUAUUGAUUGUCUGGCCAACGUUUCGUUUCUUCUUUUCUUAACGCGCAUUACUUCUUACGAAGAGUAUUGGUAGCUGAAUAUUUUUCCAAACAGUAUAGAACAGAAGCAUCUCUAUUAAUUGAAAUGAAACAAAUCGUUCAACGCAAGGGAACUUUUAUAUUUGACAAAAUUGUAGCCUCAGUCUUUUUUUCCUUCACUGAGAACUUGGCAGAACUUAUUUUUUUACUCAAGUGCAAGUAAUACCGUUGGGAUAGUUCUAACGAUGAAUUGUAUCAGAGCCAUAACACAAGCUUUCUCAGACACAACAUUGAUUGCAAUACUGUACUCGUAUGUUGGAAAUCUUUUAAAUAUCGUUUCGUUCGGAUUCGCGAUACAGUACGAAGAUCAUGGCUAGGGUACCAUAGAAUAUAUUGUAUAAACUUAGUUUUAAAUUACAUUCUUUUGCAAUACGAAAUCAAACGUGUAUUCGAAGGAUAAUAUUUCUGUGUGUACAUUUAUAACUGUAAAUUUUAUUUAAAAAGAAAACUAAGAAUAUAGAAUAGUUGCUUCAUAUGAAAAAAGAAAAACGUGUAUAAAUCUUUUAUAAAUAUUAUUAAAGCGUAUAUUUUGUAUCGUCUAUCUCAGAGGUCUGAAUGAAAAAAACGUAAUUCUCACUCGCUGUGGAUUUGUAUGUUUAUUUCAGUGUACUGUAAAUAACUUCAGUUUAAAUGUAAUAUGUUAAAAGCUUCCAGGCUGUGAGAUAAUAAAACUAUUGCUAACAGUAAUUUACCUUUCGAUUCGUACAUGUAACAAAGAUUCCUGAUUAAUUUACGACUUCGCAGAGCUACGCAUUUCUAUGUUAAUAACAUACGAUCAAUUAAGUACAAUUACAAGUAAUUGUAAUGUGGAAACUUUUCAAUCAGAAUGUUGCGUUUGAGAAGCUUGUAUCAUCCGGAAUCUAAACAGAAAUACUGACAAGUUCAAGGCACUACGCUAGGAUUUAUGAUAUCUAGCAAGUGCUGAAACAAAAAACCAAUCUUCAUGUCUUUCACUUUAAUGCGAGGGAUCGAAAUAGGAAUAACGUAAAAUUCAGUUGCUGUGUAAAACACGAAAGAGUCUUUCUCUAAAUUGACUUCAGUUCUCGUCAAAGUAAAUCGCCACGUUGUAGAACGAUAAUUAAUUUUCAACCAGGGUUCAAAUGUACGUACUCGGAAAAAGAUGAUUUACGUUAUUUGUAUCAGUAGAAUUGUUGAUCAAAAAGAAACACAUUACAUAAAUGUUAGAACAAUAGUUAAGUCUACGUUAAAACUUCGUGCGAUUCCCUGCUUAGAACAAUCGUAUAAUAUUGCGAUAAAAGUAAAUACACGUUCAGUUGUUCCUAUAUCUACGUUCUUAUGGUAUAGUCCAAAUGGUUUUUUCAAAAGUCUACUGGUACCCCUGUUGAUUGUAAACUUUAGGCGUUCCUGGCACUUAUUCAUGCACAGUUGAUACGCUUCGUUAUAAUUUCGCAGAUAAAACGUUUCGAUUAUCUUUAGAGCCGAGAGUCAUCCGUGCAAGUACAUAAUUAUCGUGAAUUUUGCGCACAUUUCUAUGCGCGUUAUUCUCUUCCUCUUAGUCUUUCUGUAUUAUUGUCUCCCAUUAACUACGUAUUGAGAAUAAUAAGAUUAAAAUAUGUAAGACUAUCAAGCGGAGGAAUAAGUUAGCAAAGAGAGCCGACAAUAUACCGAGAUUAUUCUAUUAUACAUUUUCAUUUGACGAUCGACGAGCAACGGUUUUAAUUUAAAAAGAUUCAUUUAGCACAAUCGCAUCUAUUGUAAUUAUGUCGAUGCGGCUGAAAGGAUACCUGUGGAAAGGGGACGGAGUUAUUUAAAAGCGCGUAGACUGUGUCAAAUAUAUAAAGUUCGAAGCUGUGAGGAAAUACAAGAAUAUAUCCGUCGCAUAAUUUCUUUAUUUCUUUUUUCUGAUUUUUCAUUGUUAUUUAGAAGAGGUCGCGUUUAUUGACUUGUUAUUUUCGAUAUUGUUAGGCACUGAUCAUGGAAAGUAAUGUAAUAUUCUAGCCACGCGGACUGAACGGUUUAUUCAUUUAUCUACGAUCAUGGAAAAGCGUUUCACGUAAUAGUCGAUUUUUCUGGACUCAAAGCGUAGAGAAUUUUUUUUAGAUAUAUGCAAUAAAAGACGAACGGUAAAAAAAGUUGUUUUUCGCGAGAGCCGUAACGCGCGGUCAGGAGAGAGAGAGAGAGAGAGAGAGAGAGAAAGAGAGAGAUAGGGUUAAUGAGGAAAUAUAAUGGUGCAAAUAACUGGAAAUUCUAGGGAGAACGUUCGUGAACUCAUAAUAAAAAUGGAAAAAAAACAAAACAGAAAAGAUAUAUUGUACAUAUAAAAAUAAUUACGCUUAUUGUAUCUCUUACUUUUAGGUAAUUAACUAAAAAAAUAACUGUAAUUAAUGUUGUUGUGGUAGGCGCGCACAGCGAAUGUGUAUGAAGCAAAACAAAAAAAAAGCAAAAAAAUCUUUAUGAAUUCGGGACGAUUUUAGAGGAGGAGUAAUAAAGAAAUUUUAUCCUGGAUAGGACUUAUUAUUUUGUUAAGGAAUUUCACUCGCCUGUAUAUUACAUAAUAACAUUUUUUGUCGAAUCUAAUUUCUGCCACGUUUGUACAUAUUUUAGUGAUAUCUGAUUAUUUCACUCGUUUUUCUCAAAUUCACCGUUAAACGUGAAGCUCUAACAAUAAGUUCUUUUCCAACUCGUAAUUUCUUUGUUAAGCUAUAGAUCACUGUACGUACGUAUCGAGGAUUUAUAAGUUACACAUAUUCAAUCAGAACUCAGUUUGUACUUUCGCUUUACCGUCGUAUAUGUACGUUUUAUAUUAUAUUUUUCCACUUGCAAAAAUUUGAAUCACGUGAACGGAGGCGGUGAGAAACAAACCGUUCGUGAUAUGAUUUUGAGAAGAACGAGCGACGUAUAUGCGGAGAAGAAUUAAGAAUUUUCCAAGAAUGUACUUGUAAAAAAAAACACACACACACACACACACAUUUGUUUAUUUUAGUUGGAACGCUUUGAACGAAAUAUAGUGGUACAUGGAUUUUUAUAUAAAAUUUAUUAAUGUUAAAACUAUUGACCCAAUAGCCACUUUACAAAUGAACGCGUCGAGAAUAAAAGGGAAAUAUUAAAUCUUGAGAGUUUGAUCGCUCCAACCAAAGACUGAGUUCGCUUUACAUUUUCUGAUUUGGCAAACACGAAAUUCCACCGACGAAGAGAAGGCCGAAUAUUGUUUUAUUAUUUAAUUAUUCCGGACAUUUAUUGCAGACAAACUGACAACACGAUAAGAGGAUUGGCGUGACCUAAAGAAAGUUAUUUCUCUCAAAUAACUUGUACGAUCAGAUCCGAUUAAGAAGAUUCGGCCGAAUUUGAACCGUGGAGCUUCGUGUUUACCCAAUUCGUUGCAUUCGCGGAGAAGAAAAAAAAUAACAUUGUACCAUGUAAGUAGAGCUAAGCCGAAUCAAUGCAACUAUUUAGAGCGAUCGAACAAGAGCUAUUAAUCGUUUCGUGUGAACAAAAGAGGAAAAUCGAAAUACGGGACGAGCUUACGGAUAUAAUGUUUAAUGUGAAGCUCUUGAAAAAUGAAGUUCUGAAUGUUAAAGGGAAAGCAACUAAAAAACAAACAAACUUUUACGAUAAUAUCGACGGGUGUCGAAAUGCGGUGUAAUCUAUUAUACGUGUAUUUUAUUCUGUGAAUACGGUAGGGCUUCUGUGUCGCUGUGCGACAAGAAGAUUAAUUGGAAAAGGUAAAAAAAAAGAAGUACGACAAUGCUCCAACCAAAGCUCCGAUUCGAACGAAAAUGAUUGACGAGAGUAAACCGAGAGAACUUAUUCUCGAUAUUGUACAAAUCGGAGAACGCAAGGGUGAACAUCAAGUUCUAUGUUACUCGUAGAAUGUUUGAUCUAGGCGACCCUUUAAUUUGUUCUUCGAUGCCAUACAUCGUCUUGCUCUCUCGUCCCCUGAUAACACCUUACGCUGAAUGCAUGUAUCAAAUUUAAUUUGGUCUAAAUAAAAUAUCAUCCGAUAUAAAUUUAA